AAUAUAAUCCUUUGUCCAAACUGGCUGGAAUUCACCUAUCAAAACAGUCUUUCGAUCACAUACUUCAAGUUUAGCCUACCGGUUGCUCCGAGGACAUCCUUCAUUUGUUACGACGUUUUAUCAUGCCUAAAUUUGAAGAAGAGCCUGAAGCAAAUUCUGGACGUCCGUCGACAUCCAGUCGGAGAGAAACUAUUCUAAGUCUGGUGGAAAUGCUACUUAGGCAGGGCGAUGAUCAUGACUCAGGCCUUAAUCAGCAGCCAACGUUCGAGGAUGACAAAGACGUUCCCACUGUCGACGAACAUCUCCAAACCGCCGGCGCGGAAGCUUUCAAGAGGUUCCAAAAGAGGAUUAACAACCUUGACAAAGAGUUACGAAAUUUCUCGAAUGCUGCCCGACAAUUGGGAAGUUCCGCGGCCAUCCUCUCUUCUGCUUUUCACCUCAGAACCCGGAUCGCUCACAUACUGUACUUGUACCGCUUGAAUGCCGCGGAUCUGUACCCUCGAAAAAUCAAACCCCCGGUUUCUACCUCCUCUGGCGUAGAUAAUGAUGACAAAGUUCAAGGAAAUCUUCAAAAAUCCAAACGAAGUUAUCGCCUUUCCGGAAAACAUCGAGCUCUUCCUCAUGUAGCGCGGCCUACAGUUGACGCCAAUAUAGACUUAGAAGAAUUCCCUAAUCAGUUCGAAGCUCUGGCUAUUGAGGUCACGACUUUUGUAAACUGUUUGAAUGAGUUUCCCGAGUUCACAGACGAAGCUGUGAACGCCUCGAUUUCAAGUUUUGAAGGUGAUCUCAAGUACUGGGCAAAUUGUUUGCAUAAUUAUCGGGGUCAAUUCCGAUAUCCCGCUGUCCAACGGUACAUUCAAGAUCUCGCUCUUGAGAUGGGAGAACACAUUGAUAGCAUUACCUCUACACUUUCCAUGUUCAUCGAAGUUGGUGUACCCACCAUCCGCUUCGCACAGAAACACGGUGCCACGAAUUUGCUCAAUCUUUCCACUGUAGCGACAUUCUUCUCAGCUGUCACGGCUACAACUCUUCAAUUUUCGUUUGCGCUCGAUAAUAGGACCAGUGACGCAGUUAACUCUUUCUGGUUCCUUAGUUUGGUCUUCAGUAUCGCAGCGGCUGUUAACAGUUUGCUGGGAUUGACUUGGAAACAGGCUAUGUAUCGUUCUCCUGGGCACCGAGUUCCUUGGUGGGUUCUCAUUUGGAUCAAACGGUCUCCUUUAAUAUUCCUGGUGUUAUCCGUUGCCUGUUUCUCAAUCGGUCUUUGUCUUUUCACUUACGCAUCUGGUCAAAGUAGAGUGACAUCAACCAUUACGACUGUAUUCACUGUCUUCACAUCCUUCGGUCUAGCAGCCGUCUCGGCUUGGUUUGCUUCCGAAAGGUGGGCGUUUACUCAACAUCGGGGAAAGAAAUGGCUUGGAGAUGUCCUAGUCGAAGUAAACGAAAAAUUCUUACAACUUCCUGGAAUCUCAGUCGUUACCCGGGGGCUACAUUGGGCUUCCGAAUGGGCUUCCAUGCGCGCCGCAAGUGUAGGCACAAAAUUACGUCGGGUUAAAUCUAUCACGAAAAGUAUGAUGUCCAGUGAUGGGGAGAAGGCCAGUGAUGUUGAGAAUGGAAUUCCUAUGACUCUGUCGCCGGGAGAAGUAACGUUUUCCUCGGCGUUGAGUCGUCGUCGCCCUUCUGAGACAGGCCCCGCAUCUCCUCCUGUGGAUUCACCAACUGUGGCAUCAUCUUUUGGAUCUUUUCCUUCACCAACGAGCCCAAAUGGACCCCCCAAUUCACCUGCCAGCCCGACCCCACUAUCCACCGGAAGACAAUUAUGGAAAAAUGCAUUUCGUACGGUCAAGAUGACCACCGCUCUAUCUAAUCCUAUUUCGGCCCGUUCACCUCAACGUCAAAGGACCACUUCUUCAAGCCUACUUCCUUCGGAUCGUAACCGUUUGAUGACUGACCCACCAGUAAAAGCAAUCGUCCGAUCCCGGGUAGCUGCAUUGGUUCCCAAACUCAAAUGUUUGGAGCCGACACAGGAUAUGGCAGCUCAUCAGGCGCUGGUGAGACAUCUUCAAUUCUCGCCAGAUGGAAAGUUUCUAGCCACUUCGAGCUGGGACCGGACGUCGGUCAUUUUCCGUGUUCAAAAUUCCGUGGUUACACAUCACCGCACACUAGCUCACGCAAAAGGCUUUGUUUCACAAGUUGCUUGGUCGCCCACUGGUCAUCUUCUACUGACUAAACUCAAUCGUGCCGUCAAGGUCUGGACACAAGACGGUGUUUGCAUGAGGACCAUUGACCGACCAGCAUAUGUAGAGUCAAUUACAUGGUUUCCGGGUGGUGAAGCAUUCUUGUCGGUUGAAGGAAGUAAUGUUACAAAAUUGGAUUUGAAAGGCAAGGUCCUAGGGACGUACGAUUUCGGAAGUAUGAAGUUGCAAGAUGUUGCUGUUACACCUGAUUGUACCCGCCUUCUCGGUGUUGGACCUCUGCUUGAAUCCCCUAAUGGUCUCCGUCCAAGUAAAUCUCGAGCGGAAAAACGAUUGACCGUGUACAAUCUAGAAAGGAACGAAGUUGAACAUGCGACGCCUGUACUCAACGAUGUCAAGGAUAUCACUUUGGCAAGGAAUACUCGUGCGGGCCUUGUGGCACUGGUAAGCUAUGAGAACAAGGCCCCUCCACAGCUAUGGAAACUAGAAAUGGUCAAAGACAUUGCUAGGUUAACUCUUCGGCAUACGUACAUGCCUAAAUCCCAGGUAGAUUUUGCAGGCCCUAGUUACUUUGGAGGCAAAAGUGACGAAUUAGUCCUCUGCGCUGGGAAAGCCGGGGACAUACACAUAUGGGAUCAGGAAUCCGGGGCACUGCUUCACCAUGUUCGAGCCCAAGAUCUCGGUGGGGACCUGACUUGCAUAGCCUGGAACCAUGCCGAAGACAAUCCUUUCAUGUUCGCCACAGGAAGUCAUGAUGGCGCUCUACGAAUAUGGACAAAAAUUGAGCGACAAUUGCAAGCUCAUUCUUCCCCGGCUGGGCCGGAUGAUCAGCUUCCUUUCUUCACUCGCAGCUCCUCGCCAUCUGAGAUGGAGGGCAUGCAGCGCACAGAAAGCCCAUUAACACAACAGGAGUUCGAGUCGUCUUUUGCGAACAGUAUGGAGAGCUUGACAUCGUCCUCUGGUAACAGGGAGAGGGUUGUGGCAUUUGCUACAACACAUGCAGCCUCAAACUCUGGAAUGUUAUCGUAACAAAGGGAAGGAAGGAUAUAUUUCAGAAUUAUCACGAUAUUAUGGUUUUAAAGAUACGAACACGUAGGCGUCAAUGACCAGAGAAUGGAGAGAAAUUAUAUGCCAUCGUAAACGGAUUCGUCAGUAGACUUCCAUUUUGAACGACGGCCAUUACCAGUUGUACCAAGCCAAUACAAAGGUUACUU